AUGGCUGCUGGAAUAUUUAUUAAAACAAUUACAGUUGAAACAAGCUUAGAAUUUUAUAAAAUUUAUUUAGAAAAAUUUUAUAAAAAACCAGUAUUAUUUCUUCUUGUUGGAUCUGUUAUGCUAGCUGCUGCUGGGAUUCUUGGUAUUAUAUCAGCAGUUCAAAAUUGGAAACAAGGAAUAAUAGCUUUUAGUUUGUGUAUUAUUUACCUUUUGGUGUCAAUGAUUGCACUGGGAGUGACAAUAUUUUUUCUAUCAAAAAAUAGUAAAAAUACCAUGUUUCAACAACUUGAUCAACAUAUGCAAAAUUAUUCACAACAUAAAGAAGCCAUUGACAAUCUUCAGAGUAAUUUGCCUUGUUGUGGUAUUAAUUAUUAUUCAGACUGGAUAAAUAUUUCUGGAGAAAUACCUGGAUCUUGUUGUGAAUCAACCAACUCAUGUGAUGAAACAGAAAUUAAUAUUUCUGAAUUACCAUCAGGAUGUUUUGGAAAUUUAAAUAAAUUAUUAAAUUACUAUGGCGAAAUUUUAGUCAUUGUUUUGAUUGUUCUUGGAGGAAUUGAGAUUUUUACUUUGUUAUUUUCUUGGUUAUUUAUUCGUUCAUUGAAUAAUCAAAGAAGAAAAAAAUCAAUUAGAUUUGCAAAUAAUCAUAUAAAUAAUUCAGUUGAACUUCCAAGAAUAAAUAAUCCACUUGGAAAAAUUACAAUAACAAGACCACAAAGAAAAUUAAAAUUACAAAAAAUACCAGAACCAAUUUUUAUAAAACAUUCAUCAGAAAUACCAGUAUCAAAAAGAUCUUCAACUUCAGAAGUAUCAAAAUAUCAAUAUCUCAAAAGAGCCACACUUAAUAAUCCAAAAUUAAAAAAAAUAAAUUCACAUGUUGAACAUUUUGGGAUAUAAUAAAUAAUAAUAAAUAAAUACAAUUUUUUUUCUUGACUCUCUGGGUUUCUUUUGUUUUUGUUUUUUUUUAUAAAUUAAUUUUAAAAUAUCAAGUAAAUAAUUUAUCAAGCUUUAUUUAAGCUACACACAUUUUUUUUUGAUUAAUUUUAGCACACAAAAUUAUUGAUAUUUAUUUUAUUUUUUGAAUUUUAUUCAAUGUUGUACUUUGUAUCAGAAUUUAGCUGCAUUACCAUGUUUUGAAAACAUGAUUAUUUAUUUAUUUAAUUAUAUGAUUAAAUGCUUUGUGCAUACACACCAUGAACACUUGAUUUUUUUAUCGGGUGAUGUAGUAGAAUAAUAAAUAUUUAAAAAAAUGUAAAAAACACAAUUUAUAUAAUUAUUGAAUAUUUAAAAAAAAAAAACGUAUUAUAUUGUAAUUCAUUUUUUUUUUCUAUUUCAAUUAUUAAUAAUAUUUUUAAAAUAUUAAACAAAAAAAAUGAAUUACUCUUCAUCUUUUCUGUCAUUUUUAAUUGCCAUUGCAAGAGAACAAGCUAAAACAA